AGCGGAGCCCCGCGCCGCGCGGCUGCCAAAGCCAUUGUGCAUCGCAGCCGUCGGUGGCGCCCGCACAGCGUUCCGAUUGCGAUGGCUGCUUGGCUCUGACCCAUCCAAAUCUCCACCCGAGUGAUGCUGGAACCGGGCUCUGGGAGCGGCCACGAGGAUGCCUGAGGUGCUGAGCUCCUCCUGCCUGCUGCUCUCCCUGCUCACCCUGCACUGGGCUUGCCUCCAACCCGGCCGAGCUUUCCCCAGCAGCGCUGAGUACCUGCAGCGGGGCUGGCAGCGUCUGCUGGAGGAGGGUGAGGGCUGUGCCGAGUGCCGGCCAGAGGAGUGCCCGGUGCCGCGCGGCUGCCUGGCCGGCACGGUGCGGGACGCCUGUGACUGCUGCUGGGAGUGCGCCAACCUGGAGGGACAGAUCUGCGACCUGGACAACACCAACCACUUCUAUGGCAAAUGCGGGGAGCACCUGGAAUGCCAGCUGGAGGCUGGAGACCUGCAGCGUGGCGAGGUGCCUGAGCCCCAGUGUGCCUGCCUCUCGCACCAGGCGCUGUGUGGCUCCGACGGGCGCACCUACCCCCAGAUCUGCCGCUUCCUCGAGUCUGCCCGUGCCCACCCUGAUGCCAACCUCACCGUGGUCCAUGAGGGUCCCUGCGAGGCAGAGCCUCAAAUCACCUCCCCUCCUUAUGAUGUGUGGAAUGUCACUGGCCAGGACGUCAUAUUUGGCUGCGAGGUCUUUGCCUACCCCAUGGCGUCCAUCGAGUGGAGGAAGGAUGGCACAGAGAUGCUGCUGCCAGGAGAUGACCCCCACAUCUCUGUCCAGUUCAGAGGUGGCCCCCAGAAGUACGAGGUGACCGGCUGGCUGCAGAUCCAGGGCGUGCGGGUGACAGAUGAGGGCACGUACCGCUGCUUCGCCAGGAACAGGGUCGGGGCUGUGAUGGCAGUGGCCAGCCUGACCGUCCUCACUCCGGACCAGCUCAACCUGACGGGCUUGUCCUUGCCGGAACCCCGUGCCGUGCCUGAGGACUACGUGGACAGCGAGGAGGAGUACUACUAGCCCAGCUGCGGAGCUUGGCACUGAGCAGCACUUGCCCCAUGGUGCUUUGGGGUCAGGGAUGGAUCCAGAGCACACACCCCAGCCCUGAACAACUCUCUGAACACCUCUGUUUUGGGCUGGAGACAGAGAAUCAGAGAAUGGCCUGGAUUGGAAGGGACCUCAAGGAUCAUGAAUCUCCAACCCCUCUGCCACAGGCAG